AGAAACCGUCAUCCUCGUCAACCCAGAUGAGCAGAGCGUUGUGGCCAAGGUGCGCUCCUUGGUAUGUGAUGUACAAGCUACCCACAAGCUGCUGAUCCUGUGUGGACAGAGCUCAGAGCAGGGAGGAGACUUGAUUCUGCAGACUGGCGCCUUCACGGACCAGAGGUUUGCUGAAAUAGUGGCGGAUCCUGAGGUGGCCCAGCUCCUUAGCAACACUGACCCAGCAUCCCGGGCCUCUUUCACAGUGUCGUAUUUGGGAGAGGGAGACUGGCGCAGCCUGGGGCACCCCCAAUUCCAGGACCUUCUCAACCUGAGACUGAACCCUGACCCAGUCGUGCCAGAGAUGGACGGGGUCUCUGAAUUUGCGGAAUAUGUCUCCGAGACAGUGGACGUCCCGUCGCCAUUUGAUCUCCUGGAGCCCCCGACCUCAGGGGGCUUCCUCAAGCUUUCCAAGCCCUGCUGCUACAUCUUCCCAGGAGGGAGGGGAGAUUCAGCCCUUUUUGCCGUCAACGGAUUCAACAUCCUGGUGGACGGCGGCUCAGAGAGGAAGUCAUGCUUCUGGAAGCUGGUCCGGCACCUGGACAGGAUUGACUCAGUGCUCCUGACCCACAUCGGGGCUGACAACCUCCCCGGCAUCAACGGGCUCCUGCAGAGGAAGAUUGCAGAGCAGGAUGAGGAGCAGUCACAAGGCUCCACCAACUACAGUGACUGGAUGAAGAAUCUCAUCUCCCCGGAGCUGGGGGUCAUUUUCUUCAACGUUCCUGAGAAGCUCAAGAUGCCGGAGUCCUCCAUGAAGGUCAAAAGGAGCAUUGAAGAGGCCAGCCUGACUCUGCAGUACCUGAACAGGCUGGGCAUGAAGCCAGAGCCCCUCCACAGAGUGGUCAGCAACACCAUUGAGCCCAUCACACUCUUCCACAAAAUGGGGGUUGGAAAGCUGGACAUGUACAUCUUGAACCCCGUCAAGGAGAGCAAAGAGAUGCAGUUCCUCAUGCAGAAGUGGGCUGGAAACAGCAAAGCCAAGACAGGUAUCGUUCUCGCUAGUGGGAAGGAAGGGGAGAUCUCUGUCCCCUACCUGACGUCCGUCACAGCCUUGGUGGUUUGGCUCCCAGCAAGUCCGUCUGAGAAAAUAGUUCGGGUUCUGUUUCCUGGAAACGCCCCACAGAACAAGAUCCUGGAAGGCCUUGAGAAGCUCAGGCACCUGGACUGUCUCAAGCAUCCAAUAGCGACACAGAAGGACGUGGCUCCUGGAGUGCCAUCACCUGCCCUGAAACAGACCAAGGUGAGGCAGAGGACAGACAGCCGAGAGAGCCUGAAACCCUCUGCAAAGGGAGCAGCUGAGGAGGGGGCAAAGGAGGUCAAGGCCGAGGCAGUGAAAGAGACCAAAAUGGAGAGAAAGGCCAAAGAACUCUCUGAAAGAAACCCAGAGAAGCCCGUUAAGCCUGAAAAGAUAAAAACAGACACAAGCGAUGCCCUUAAAGCUGAGAAAAGAAAACUAGCCAAAGACAAAGUUGGUAAGAAACAUCUGAAGGAAAAAGCUUCUAAACUGGAGGAGAAAAGGGACAAAGAAAAGAAGGAGAUUAAGAGAGAGAGGAAGGAGCUGAAGAGGGAAGACGGAAGGAAAGAGGAAAGGAAAGAGUCGAAGAAGGAAGAAAGAAAGAAGGAAGCCAAGCCUGAACCGAAAAAAAUCCCUAAGCCUGACUUAAAGCCCUUCACCCCUGAAGUCAGGAAGACCUUAUACAAGGCAAAGGCCCCAAACAGGAUAAAGCCAGACAAAGUCCGCAGCAAAGCUGAGAAGGAGCCUCCGGCCGACCAGAGGGCGUUCCCAGGGCUGAAGAGGCCUGGCCAGCCACAAGAGCCAGACAUCGCGGAACCCAGGCCUGUUCUGUCCUCACCAGAGGAUCUGACUAAGGACUUUGAGGAGCUGAAGCUCGAAGAGCAGGUGAGGCCUCCGGCAGGGCUUACUUCCGCAAAGGCAGGAGAGCUCUUCAAGCAGGACGAAGCACCCAGGCCUCCUUGGGCCACGGGCGUUCAGGAAGAUGGCUUGACAGCGGAGCCCAGUCCUCCAACGUCCAUCUCCCCAGCUGUGCCAGAGGAGGAAAUAACUUCUCCCAAAGUUUCAGGGGAGCUGCCAUCCCAUCAGCUGGAGAAAAGAGGGAAAACAGCUGAAAGUUCUGACAGUGAGGAAGCAGCCUUGGUGGAACCUUUCAGGAAAGGAGAACUUGAAGAGAAGGUUGGGAGGGCAGCGCCAGACGAAGACAGCCAGCCAGAGCAGAGAGAAGACAUCGUUGAAAAGGCAGAGCAGGAAGAGAUGGAAGAACAGGACGCAAAGGCAGAGGGUGACGAGGCCAAGGGGAGCCCCGUCUCUCUCUUCCACCAGCCAGCGGAUGCAACUUGGCCCUGUGGAGAAAUGGGGAAAGAGCUCAAGGACGAAAAGGUGAACAGAAUCAGACAUGGAAAGUUAGCAGGGAAGGAGGAGUCCUCAUUCGCUCCAGUCCCAUCUGGAGAACACGUCUCGUACAUCCAGGAUGAAACCAUCCCUGGCUACUCAGAAACGGAACAGACCAUUUCUGACGAGGAGAUCCACGAUGAACAGGAAGAAAGGAUUCCACACCUCCGACCAGACGUCGGCUCCUACACCAUCUCCGUGCCAGGCCAGCCAAACUUGUUUGAAGCCAUCCACGGGAUCCCGGCCAUGCCAGCGGCUGAGGGGGCCAAAGGGUAUGCUGGUCAGGAGCCGGAAAUCCUCAGCUACCCCACAAACAUUGUGGCAGCCCCCUUGGCAGAGGAGGAGCACGUAUCCUCAGCGACUUCCAUCACAGAGUGUGACAAGCUGUCUUCUUUCGCCACCUCGGUGGCAGAAGACCAGUCUGUUGCAUCGAUAACAGCUCCACAGACAGAAGAGACUGGCAAAAGCUCCUUACUGGUGGACACCGUCAACAGCAUCCCUUCCUCUCGGACAGAGGCCACUCAGGGCCUGGACUACGUACCCUCCGCUGGCACAAUCUCUCCCACAUCCUCCCUAGAGGAGGACAAAGGUUUCAAGUCUCCCCCUCCAGAAGACUUCCAUGCAUUAACCGAAGGUGAGAGGAAAUUUGAGGCCUGCAAAAAGGGCUUGCGGGAGGAGGAGGAGGAGGAGGAUGAAACUCCAAAUGCUGAGCGGCCUAAGAGAGCCCAGGGACAUUAUGAUGCUCCCGCAUUUCCUCACCAAGGGGUCCUCGGAGAGGGUUUAGCCGAGGAGCCCACAAAAGCAACACAAGCAGCCAUACUGCUGCUGAUGGAAGGGGGAUCCCAGUUCCUUCCCGCUGACUCUUCUGAAGACAGCACAGUCAAGAUGGCUUCCCCCACCCAGUCGGGCCCAACCAGUGCUGGGCACACACCUUUCCACCAAUCCCCCGUAGAGGAAAAGUCCGACACUGUGGAGGCAGAGCUGUUCGACAAGGGUCCUGUCCGGUGGGAUGGCGGAGGGAGCCCCAGCACAGCCAGGGAGUCCAAAGGCGAGAGAACAGAGGUGGGUUGUGGGAAAGAAGCUGCUUCCGGCCUCCUUCGGGACAAGCCUGGCCCAGAGGGCACCCGCCGUGUGCAGGCAGAACCGGCGUCUUCCCAGAGCGAAAGCCAGAGUCUGCCCUGGGAAAGAGAGGAGCUGGCAAUGCAUUUCUACCACAAACAGGAAACCCUGGACAUUUCUGAUCUGUAUCCUCCCACCCAAGAGCCCAAGGAGGAGGCCAGCCUAGAACACGGGAGGCACCCUGGGAGAAGCGAGUUCUCUGCUGCAGAAAUACCUCCUCCAAAAGGGUGGGAGGAACUCGCAGGCAGACCUGAAGACGAUCUGGUUGGACACACGUCUAUAGAAGGUGCUUCUCCGGGUGAAGUAAAAUUUCCCAAAGAAAGUUCUGGUCAGGCAAAAUCUCCUGAGGUUUCCACCAAGAAUAUGUCUGCAGAAGACAGUAACACGGGGCAUUUCAUAGAGCAGAGUCCAGACCAAGAGAAACAACUGUCUGAUACCAUCAGAUACGCUUCUCCAAGCCCCGAGAAAGAAACCCCUUCACAUUUGUUCACAGAAGAGAUUUCUCAAAUAGAUGCUAAAUCUAAAGAGACCCCAGCUGGGAGGAAACCACCAGAUGGGUUUAGUGAGGAAUUCUCUGCUGAAACAACUAGACACCAGAUUCACACUGAGAGUCCGGAUAGAGGUGAAACAGUUAUCAAAAAGGACUCUCUCAGUUCCCUCUCGUGCUCUGCACAGACUCAAAACGCCCACCCCCCACAAAUGUUCUCCGCAGACACUGGAUUAGUUUCCUCACCAGAAAAGGGCCCCCACAAAGAACCAUCUCCAGUUCUUUCCCCCAAAGACACAUCUUCACACUUCACAGAACCUGGCCACAUUCUGGGUAUGGAGUUCUUGGAAGUCUGUUCUGAAGAGGCAGAAGAGAAACAAGGCGCUGAGGAGCAGUCUCCAGAAAUGGAAGACAUUUAUCUGAAAGAUGCCCUCUAUGAAAAGAAAGUGUGGUUUCCAGAGGAGGUGAAGGAAAUCCCAGGCAGAAAACAACAGAAGUAUGAUAAGGAGAGAGGAGAGUGCAGUCUCUUAGAAGACGAAAGAGGAGAGUGCACAUUCUUAGAUGAUGAGGUAGAAGGCUUUGUAAAGAAAACUCUGCUUUCUGUAACUGAAGAGAGAAAUAUCCCUGGCUCUGUGGAAUCCAAAGAUUACAUUUCAGAGAUGGCAGAGAAGGAAAUUUGGGAUAGAGAAUAUAGGGAUUUCCAGGAAGAAACUGCCACUCAGAAACCUGGGACGUUUGCUCAAAAUGACCUCUCACUUCAGGGUGACAAACCUGCGGACCAGCAAGUGGGAGAGAGCGUGUCUGUCCAAGCAGACACUCUGCCAAGAGUGCUGGAUGCAGAGGAAUUUAAAAUGUCUGUCUCCAUAAGCUCCCAGUCUCCCGAACGUGAGAGCAGUCCAAAAUCCAGCUUGGACUGGGCAGCUUUAUCUCUUCCACAUGAGGCGAAAAUAGGCACCGUAAUAGAAGGAAAAGAAGAUCCCUCAUGUACACACAAGCAAGGUGGGAAGAAAAUAGCCCCCGAGCUGGGUACUGAUUCUGUGGGUGAGGCUAUGACCAUCCGUUCGCUACCUCCUGUUUCUGCAACACUGGAAGGCGCCUCUUUCUCAGAACUGGGGGAAACUUCUGUGUUUGAUAAAAGUGCAGUCCAACUCCCACUGGGAGCAGAGGAAGAGGGGCCAGAGACUGAUGUGCUGCUCAAAGGAAUGUUGGGUCCAAAACAGGCACCGGAGGCAGAACUGGAUGCCUCUCAUGAUCAGUCCAGUGAAGGCCAGCAGGAGGCGAUGGUGAGUGCAGCACCCUGGAGCCCAGGAGGACUGGAGGAUGCUGUGUUCAUCGUUGGAGAGUCGCAGGAAACCAGACGUUCCCUUCCAGGGUACAAUCACGGAAGAGGCAGAGACCACACUGUCCCUUGGCAGGGCACAACCUCUUUUGGCCAACUGGAGUGUCAUUCGUGGCCCUACACUCUGGACUCUUCCAGCCAGUUUGAAUUCUGUGAAUCAAAAGAUGAUGCGAAUGGGAAAGGGCAAAAGAAGGAAGAGCGAGAACCAACUCCUUACCCCCAUGAGAAAAGUUUCCAGUAUGCAGACAUCUUUGAUAAAGUUGCAGUGCCUGGUGCCGGAAAGGACGCCUUGUUCCAGGUAAGGAAAGCACAGCCGGGUCAGAAAGGAUCUCUCUACCCCAUCUCCUCCAAGGAAGAGGAAUCCUGCCUCUACACCCCUACUGAGAAAGAACUGUCAUCUCCCGCUUCCCCGAAGGAUAAAGCAGACCCAUCCUUUGAGUAUGCUGAGGUUCAUGAAGAGUGCUCAUCUCAGACAAAGCAGCACGGCUUGGCACUUGGCUUGACAGACAAAGACACACAGCAUGAAAGGCACACUUUGCCUCUCCCGCCAGAAAAUCUGAUGCGCCCCACGCCUGCCUCCUCUCCAGAAGACCAAGGCUCUGCCUGCGCUGCAGGGAUCGUAGACAGAUGCCAUCAAGGAGAAAUGGCUGGUUACCUCAAUACUGUGCAGCCUCCAGAUGCAAACAUCAGGCAGGAGCAGAGAUCCCUCUCCCCAGAACACCGCCAGCCCAAGGACGUCUACUAUGAGAAGGCUGACGGAGGAGGAGGAGGAGGAGGAGAGAGCGUCAGUGACUCAGAACUGGAAAAAGGUGCCAAGGAGGAAUCAGAGAAGGAAUCCAAACUUCCCGAGCCACCUUCAGCUGUGGAGGCAGCAAGGGAGAAGGAACCAUACGCAGACAUCUCAUGGGUGGAGAAGGUCCGUGCACCACAGCCACGGCAAGAAGCCGAUCCUGUGUUGCUGGCCUGUGGUGGGCUGCUGGCAGAGGAAAACCAGGCGGAACAAACAGUCCAAGGGGCAGACGAAGCUCCCUAUGACACCCUCACAAAUUCAGGCAGGCAGACCGGGAGGCCAGCUUGUGCUUCAGGGGCCACAAACGUGUCCGUGGAAGCCAAUACACGGUACGCCGCGGAUGCAGCGUCUUCAGCAAAACACUCAAGCGAUGAUGAACUGUGUCUGGAGGGCCACACCAAAGGAUUCUCCCUGGCCAGUUCUGCUGAGGAGGAGAAGGAAUCUCCGAAGGCCACGGCCCUCCUGAACAAAGGACUGGGUGGCUCUGCCUCAGGCUUUGAGCUCUCAUCCCUCGGCAAGCACGAGCUGUCCAUUCUGUUCAGACACGAAGCACACUUCUCAUCCCACCCAGAGGACACCUCUCAGGCUUCCGGCAUGUUUGAUCCUGUCUCCUCAGAAAAGGGAAUGGAAGGUGAAUACCUGGAGGUGUCAGAAAAGGCUGUCAGUGCAGGCCCCUCCCUCACCAGAGUCUCAGGGCAUGGAGAAGAAGGGAAGCGGUCUUCGGAGGUGCCCCAGCAGUGCCCACCGGUGGACUCACCUGACCCUUCUGCGGAAGCCGCUUCCUCCUCCUCCUCAAAGGCCCCGGUGAGGCAGGCCGCGGGCGAGACCUCCUGCCCCAGUCUGUUUCCCACCAAGUCAGAGGCGGCGGCGGCGGCAGAGCCAGACCCCGGGAGCACGCGGAGCGCCUCCUCACCACCUCCAGCGGGCCCCGCAGAAGCCUAUUCGUAUGGAACGGGAGGGGCUGCGACUGCCAGCAGGGAUGACGACUGCUCGCAGUGCCUGGCCGGACAGCAACAAAAGCCCCACUGCACUCAGCCUCUGCCGAGCCCUGGGGAACGGAUGUCGGCCUCUUCCUUUCCUGAUGUACUGGCAGCACCUCCCGCCUGUCAGCAGGAGGUGGUCGCCACAGCCAACGGCCCCACAGAGGUGAGCACCAGUCCGCUUGCUUCCCAUGGUAUGUCAUAUAUCCCUGCUGAGAGACUGGUUGAAACAGAGGAGGAGGAGGAGGAGGAGGAGGAGGAGGGCUGCGAUAGGCAGAGCCGCCCCUCUUCCCUCCUGACCCCGGAGCCACCUCUCCCGUCCUUCUUGUCAGGCGCCCAGCAAGGCAGCAAGGCAGAGGACCACGGCAAUGCCUCCCAUGAGCUGGAACCAUGUCUCGGAGCUGCCUCAGACUAUGAGCAGAAGUUCCCCAGCGAGUACAAGCCGAGGAAGGAUGAACUGUCGCCAUCCUUCAUCAACCCCAGUCCUCAUGACUCCUCGGAAGACAGCGAGCUUUCCCAGGUCGAAGGGCAUCCGUCGGUGAAGGGGAGGGCACACCCCAGUCCUGGAGGACACAGGCAGGCCACUGCGAUGGUGGAAGAAACUCCCCCCACCUCUGCAAGCGACUCCGGGACCUCCCAGUCUGAUUCGGACGUUCCUCCAGAGACAGAGGAGUGCCCAUCCAUCACCGCUGAUGCUGCCAUGGACUCGGACGAAGAUGCGGAUUUCCUCCCAGUAGACAAAGCGGUGGGCAGCUCCCACCACAGCAGCACAAGGACGAGUCACGACCCUCAACCUGCUUUCUUGGUGGACCCCCAUCCCCAUCCGCCACACCCCGAUGUUUGCAUGAUGGACCCAGAGGUGCUGCUGAAUGAACAGAACCUGAGCAGGCCUGACAAGAUCUCCAAGAAGGACAUGAAGGAGAAAACCAAAGGGGUGAGGAAGCCACUGAGCAAGCCCAAGCCCUCUUCCCCCUCCAGGAAGCCAGCGCCCACAAAGUUGCCGCCUUCUGACAGGUCCUCAAAGCCAGCCCUGGCCAAGAGGGAGAAGCUGCUCAAAUCCCAUGUGGAGGAGAAAGAGGGCUCCCGAAGCAGCCACCCCCCCAGCCACGGCAAGAACCUCGUCAACGGUGUCAGAACAAGCCCAGUUUCCAGCAACCCUAAAAGCAGCUCAUCUGUGCCCUCCGGACCACCUGUCUACGUGGACUUGGCUUACAUCCCCAACCACUGUAAUGCAAAGAACACAGACCACGAGUUCUUCAAGAAAGUUAGAGCCUCUUACUACGUUGUGAGCGGGAACGACCCCAGCAAUGGGGAGCCGAGCCGAGCUGUGCUGGAUGCGCUGCUGGAGGGAAAGUCCCAGUGGGGGGAGAACUUGCAGGUGACCCUCAUCCCAACGCACGACACAGCAGUGACCCGCGAGUGGUACCAGCAGACCCACGAGAAGCAACAGGAACUGAGCAUCAUGGUCUUGGCCAGCAGCAGCACAGUGGUGAUGCAGGAUGAGUCCUUCCCUGCCUGCAAGAUCGAGUUCUAAGCUCUGAGCCACACUGAGCGCGCUCUCGCCCGUCGGUCUUCUCCACUCACCCUCUGCAACGCGCGCGGGAGUUCCACCCAGUGGCAGCUCCGUGGUCUCUCUCCUCAGCGUGGCCUCUGAGCACCCAGGCCGGUUUGUGUCUGUCUGUGGUUCUUGUUUGCCAGGAGGCCCAGGGUUUGUCCAGCAUGCCUGGAGGCAUGCAGAGUAGAGGGGCCCUCUGGGGGCCAUUGCACUGUCUAGAGUUUAUUUUGCUUCAUCAUUCUAUAGAAUAACUCAGCUGCCUUGAUUCCGCUCAUGCGCUCUGUCUUCCCUGCACUCCCCUGGCUGCUUCCUCCUGGGCUGGCUGCUCUGGUUGUUCAGGGUCAGCUCUG